AGGCCUUCUUGUUGGAGUCACCCUUGUAGCUUACGUAGUGUUCCUAUGUCCCUGAUAAUUUUCUAUGUUGAGGCAUCUGCUUUGUCUGAUGUGAGUAUAGCCACUCCAGCUUUCAUUCGAUUGGCGUUUGCAGGGCAGUCUCUUUUCCCAUCCACUUAGUACUUAAUGUUUUAACCUACCUUAUUACGUUUGAAAUCAGUUUCUUGUACAGUGUAUGGUUGCUCAUUUUACUCCACUCUGCCCAUCUCUGCUUUUUAUCGUGUGUUUAGACCACUUACCUUUGUAGUAAUUAUCAAUAUAGUAGGGUUUAAGUAUGUCGUUUUCUUUUUUUCUUCUUUUGUUUCUUUUUUUCUGCCUUUCUGUUGAAUAAUUUUUAGUUUUCCAAUUCUGAGCAUCUCUCUUGGUAUAGCUUCUUUGGUAGUUGCCUUACACAUUGCGGUCUGCAUGUGUGGACAUUUGUCAUCUCCAGCGACACGCAGAGCCCUCACCACCAUCUAGGUUUCGUUAUCACCCGCUUUACAAUUUAGUUGUGUUGAUUAUUUCCUGUAUGUGCUUUGAGAGCUGCAUUCAUGAUAUAUAUUGGAUAGGCAUCUAACAUUUUAAAUAACUCCGAAGGAAACGCAUUUGCCCACCUUUACUUAUUCCAUUUUUUUUUUUCAUUCUAGGUUUCCUUCUUUUAUCUUUCCUUUCUGUUUGACCACCUUGAGCAAUUACCUUAGGACAGGUGUGCUGGUGACAAAUUCCCUUGGUGUUCAUUCUAGAGUACUUUCAUUUCGCCUUCGGCCCUGAAGGCCGUUUCUGGUGGAUACAGUUCUGGGUCGAAAGUUCUUUUCUUUCGGCACUUUUCGGGCCCGCCUUGUCCCUGGGUCAUCCCCUGCCACGGGAAUUGUUCUUCCCAGGGGCGAUGCCUUUUUUCUCUGGUUGCUUUUGAGAUCCUUUCAUUGUUUUAGGUUUUCGGAAGUUUGAUUCCGAUGUGUUCAGGGCAUGGCCUUUUUUGCCUGUAUUCUGUUGGGUUGGGGUUUUUUCAACUAAUUGAAUAUGUAGGUUUAUAUCUUUUGCCAAAUUUGGGGAAUUUUCAGACUUUGUUUCUUUAAUUUUUCAUUUUUAGCCAUACUACCUUUCUCUUCUGGGAAUUGUAAGUGGGACCCAAUAACUCGAAUCUUAGAUCCCUGUUCCUCCCACAGGCCCCUGAAGCUCUUUUCUUUUUUUAAAAAAUAUUUUCUUUCUGUUGGUUGGAUAGGACAAUUUUGGUCAGUCUAUCUUUACUCUUUGAAUUUUUUUCCUCUGUCAUCGCCAUUCUGUUAUAGAGUUCUGUGAUUUUUUGUUUUAGUUAUUUUUUAUGUCUGAAAUUUCUGUUUCUUUAUAUCUUCUCUCUCUUUGCCAAGGCUUCCUACAUUUUCAUUUGUUCGAGAGUAUUUGUAAUUUCUCACUUAAUUUAUUUUUAUAAAGGUUGCUUUAAAAUCCUUGUUAGAUAAUUCUGACAUGUCAAUAUUGAUGUCUGUUGAUUGUUUUUCUCAUUCAAAUUGAGAUUUUACUAGUUCUUGGUCAUUUUUUAUUGUAUCUUGGACAUUUUAGAUGUUAACGAUGACACUGCUUUUUAUUUAAAUCUUGUUACUCAUUGCUGGCACCAGCUGGGCACUGCCUUGUUGCCGAGGCAGUCGCCGGGCCCCUGUCACACAUGUGGGCUCUGCAGAUGCCUGCGGGCCACCUCAUUCCAGCCAGGCCAGGACAGUAGUCAGGACCCGCUCACAUGGCCCCUGUGCUGGGCACUGUGCAAGGCCAGGUGUAUGAAGUGCAUUUGUUUUUCUUGGUGUUAGGCUGGAGAGGGGCUGGUGGUGUCCGGGGCCUGUCCUGCAAGGCUGCCCCCCCUUCCCCCGCGCCCGGUCCUUUAACUGUGGACAGCAGACUUACCCUUAUUUUUUGGUCACUGUCCACUGGCAUUUCUGGGUUGCCAGCUUCUUUGGCACUCGGAUGAGGAUGUAUCAGGAGACCAAACAAGCAAACAAGACCCCAAAUUAACCCCGGACAUUGACUGCUCGACCAUUAUCUUGAGGUCUCUAGGUAGUUGGCCUUGUGCUCCCACCCUUCAGAGUUAUCUGGUGUUUGUUUUGUAUACUGAUGUCUAGGGUUUUUAAGAUAAUAAGUGGGGACUAGAAGCCUGCAAACCAAUUUCAGAUUUAAUUGACAUGUGUUUUAAAACAUAAGCGUUCCUUGGAAAGCAUUGGUGUCUAGAGAUCCAAACUGUCUCUUUGGUUACCGAAUCUUAUUUUUGUAGCGGCAUUUAUUUAAUGGCUACUUAUUGGGUGUGCCAUGCAGAGGCAUUUGGCGCACAGAGCAUGCAGCCUGCCUUCGCGUGUAAUGGGCACGGAGUGGCCGGGUUGCUAAGCAGUGAUCCCUGCCUGGAGGCCUCACAGGCGAUGGGGCCAGGCGGCCCGCAGUGGAAGCGGGAGCCCGGCCAGGAGGGUGUCCUGGUGACAGGGUGUUGAAGAGAGAGGCGGCCGGGUGAGCUGCAGGCGUGGGCUUGGCGACGUUUUGGAGGUGAACAUAAGCUAAAACUUUAAAUGCAGUUCUUGUGCUUUUAAUAUUCAUAUUCAAACCUCGAGCGAGUUGCAUUAUUUUUGUGACUUCAGGUUAUAAGGUUACUAUAUGUUGCUUUUUAUGACAGUAAUUUAUUUUCAGUAAAAAAUAAGAUUGAAAUCUUAUAAUUUUCUAUUCUUAGCUGAACUUCGGUCAUUAUCUAUUCCUGGAACUUACCAAGAAAAGAUUACUCACCUAGGAAAUUCUUUGAUGAGUUUAACGGGUCUAAAAUCUUUAGAUCUCUCACGCAACUCCUUGGUUAGUCUAGAGCAUGAACCAGUACAGCAUUUUGUCCUGUGCACAGGGCAUUCAGUACCUGGCCGCGCUGGAAAGCCUCAACCUCUACUACAACUGCAUCUCCUUGCUGGCCGAGGUGUUUCGGCUGCACUCCUUGAAGGAGCUCGCCGACGUGGACUUCCGGCUGAACCCCGUGGUGAAGAACGAGCCGGAUUACCGCCUCUUUGUCGUGCGCCUGCUCCCGAAGCUCAGACAGCUGGAUGACCGCCCUGUGAGAGAGAGCGAGCGGAAAGCAUCCUGGCUGCAUUUUGCUUCAGAAGAAUCACUUGAUUCCACGCAGCGCUUCCUGACCGUUCGCAGAGUCGGAAGACCGUGUCCCUCCAGAGCCAAGUGUACCGACCCCUCAGCCAAGAAGUGCCUGGUCAUGGACGCGGAUGACGAGGCGGUCCUGAACCUCAUUGCCGAGUGCGAGUGGGGCUUGAGCAACCCUCCUGGGAGCUCCAGCCAGAAGGAGCGCGAGUCCGACUUCCACGGUCCCCAAGUAGAAUCCAGAUGUCCGUUGAGUCCUCAGUCGGCGCAGCACCAGUGCGGGGACUCCGUGAAGAGGGGCCGUGAGCAGAGAAGGGGCAGCUCCAGAGGGUGCGUUCCAGAGCCGUGGCCUCCAGGCCAGCACCAUGGACAGCAGCCCAGAGACCAGCCCGGGGCUCACCGCGCCCCGGGGCCGCACGUGCACCUCAUCCCACACCCAGGCUCCACAGACGGCGAGGACUCAACCCCAUCUUCUCAGAAGUCGAGUUUGUCAGCGCAGACCGUGUUAACCCCUUUGCCUGCUGCCGAAAAGUGCAGGAAGCGAAGGCUGCCUGGCGGGCGGCUCCAGGCCCCUGUAGACCGGGCGUGGCCGAGCGGCCCUGGGGAGAGCCUGAGCGGGCUGAGCAGCACUGCGGGCAGCAGCCGGAGGGACUCGUCUCGCUCAGAGGCGUCGUGGCCAGAGGAGCAGGAGCCCCGCCGCUCAGGCAGCGCCAGGGAGGUGUCUCCCAAAUUGCAGUCCGCUGUGCCGCCUGGGAAGCAGGCCUCCCUGGAGAUGGCACUUCUGGAAGCGCUCCUCGACCUGGUGGACAGGUACUGGAGUGGCUGCAAGUCCCUGCACGGCAACGAGGUGUUCCUAGCUCAGGCGAGACAUAUUUUGUCAUCUGUUGAAGAAUUGACAGCGACUCAGGACAGUUCGACAACUGUGAAUGAAGAAAUCAGCUACCUGGCUCUCGAGAACAAAUCUUUGCAAAAUCGCCUCGCCGACCAGCAGCAGCAGUACAGCCUGAAGAUACACGAGGUGGUGUCGGAUCUCGAGCGCGCUCGGAAGGAGAUGGACGACUUGAGGCAACAGCUCGACAGAUCUUCGGAGGAGAACAGUGGCUUGAAGUCUCUCCUGUUCAGCAUGAAGAAAGAAGCACAGAACGCAGACUCCUCAGCCGCCUUAAGCCUGCAGAUCCCGGGGCUGCAGACCAGCUUGCAGAGGCUCUCCGCUGAGAUCGGGGAGCUGAAGCAGCACCUGGAGCACUACGACAAGAUCCAGGAGCUGACGCGGAUGCUGCAGGAGAGCCACAGUUCCCUGGUCAGCACCAACGAGCACCUCCUGCGGGAGCUGGGCCAGGCGCGGGCGCAGCACAGGGCCGAGGUGGAGCAGCUGCACUGGAGCUACAAGGAGCUCAAGAAGACCAUGGCCCUGUCCCUGUCCCCACAGGGCAGCACCCGCCCGGGCGGCUGCUAGGCCCCCUGCCAGCCGGGAAGGGAAGCGGGAGUCCCUGGAACGCGGCCUUUCGAGCCGGCGGCCUGCACGUUUGUGCUCCUUCACCCGGGACAGGCACCUCAGCGCGUGAGGCUGGAAAUGUGUUCAGGGCCCACAGCUGUUUUCUAAGACGUUCUGAAAAGACAGGAUUAAUCCAAGGCCUUCACAGGUUUUGAGACAAAGCACAUUAACAUUUCGAGACAAGGAGAUCGUUAAUUUUUCGUCAAAUAUCUCGAUAAAGAAAAUGCAGUAUUUUUCUGCCUAAUGUAAAAGAGAGCUGUAUGUGAUUAUUAAAGAAAAUUUUUUGUGUAACAGGUAAUUUUUAUUUAAUAAACAAAUACAUUGUUCUAAAAAGUGGCUCUUUAUAAAUUAUAACUGAGUUUCUCAUUGAAUUCUUUUAUAAAACAAGCUGUAUGCACCAUGGGUGGUGAGCAGAAACAAGUAAGUUUCAGGAUUUAGUAAAAGUAACAUUUUUAGUUGUGAGAAUCAUUAAAAAAUGUUAUUUUGUGAUAUUAACAUCUCACAGUAAAGAUAUCUACCCAAGCCCUCUGUCUCUUGCUUAUAGUGUACUUCUGAAAAUUAGGUCAGAACAGGGCAUAAAAUUAGAGUCUUAGCUUAGACACUUCAUAGCUUAUGUAGUGCUUGCUUUCUUCGAUAAAACAGUUUUUAAAACAGUGCUUACUUGACUAAGGACGAGCGGGCCUGGAAGGGGGUGCUGUGUGUCGCUGCCGGGAUUCUGUCACUGGGGGAGUCGGGAGGGGAGUCCCCGCGCUUUGGGUGUCUUUUCCAGUUCUCUGUCUGGCCAUGGUUGUGUCCGACAGCUCUGGUUUUUGUAGCUUAGCCCGAAAAUGUGUCCUAGCGAAUGUAGUUUUUGUGUGUCAGGUGGGAUUUUUGUCAUUAGAUCAUUUUUUAUUUAUUUUAAAGAUUUUAAAUGCAUUUUAAGCUUGUAAAAAAUGAUCACCAUGUUUACUUUGUCUCACUAGAAUUUCAAUGAAUUUCUUAGAUCCGUGAGUAUAGUUUUCAUCAAAUUUGGAAAAGUUUUAGCCACCGUUUCUUCAGAUUUCUUAUUUGACUCGCUCUCCCUGCACAUCUGUCUGUCUGUCGUCUCCUUCUCCUCUCGGAACCCCAGUUUCACUUACGUUAGUCACCGAUGUCGUCCCCGCAGGUCACGAAACGUGGGCCUUUUUUUCAUCCUGUGCUCUCACUGCUUCAGUUGGGAUCAGCUCUUUUGCCCUGUCGGAAAGCUUUCCGAUCUUUUCUUCUGCCUUAGCUGCCUGCUGUUCGCCUAUAUAGUGAAUUUUUAAUUGCAGAAAUUACAUGUUUUUAGUUCUAAAAUUCCAGUUGGUUUUUUUAUUAUUGUUCUAUUUCCGAUUGUGUUCAUGUUUCAUUGAACUCCUUAAGCAUAUGCUUAGUAGCUUUACUAUAGGUCAUUCAAAUCGUCUCCAGAGCGGAUAGACCAGCUAACGCUCCUGUAGUACGUGACGACUUCUCUCGGCUCAUGUCUUGAGCACCUGUUGUCAGAGAUUUUAGCGUCUUCAUUCUAGAAAGUUUGUAAUAUACUGCCUGUGGUUUCAAUUUGCUUCUCCCCAGGUAUCGAGGGAGUUGAGUACCUUUUUGCGUGUUUAUUGACCACCUGAAUUUCGUUUUUUGUGAAGUGCUUAUUCAGGUGUUUUUCCCUAUUUUCCUGUUGGAUAGUCUGUCUCCUGUUUAUCUGCAGGAGUUAUUUAUAAUUCCGGAUAGUAGUACUUUGUGGAUUACAUUUGCAAUAGGUUUUUCUUCACUUUUUAAUGGUGUCUUUUGAUUAAAAGAAAUGUUAAACUUAA